AUGGUCCACGUUCCAACCUGGGCUCUGAAGGUUGGGUGUUUCUACGGCCUUAUAACCUGCAACACUCGCCCUGGUGUGUGGCCAAAGAACAAGCCUGUCGUUAUUGCCUGGGAGCGUCCUCAUACUACUCAUCCCAAUCCCCCGAGUCAUCACACUACUACCACUGCUGUCGUUGACUCUACCACUACACUUCCUGUGGUUACUACCACUAUCCAAUCGUUGACUUCGUCUUUGACCUCAUCAUUGUCUCCUUCUUUGUCUAUUUCUGUCACCACGACAAGUGGUAUUGUUUCCUCUGUUGAGACUGUUUCAUCUACUAGUACCGCCCCACAGUCGACCUUUGUGACUUCGGUUUCUUCGUCGGACGAUCCAGGUUCAUCGAGCUCGGUUCCCUCUUCGUCUUCAUCCAGCUGCCCCGACUGCUCUGUUUCAGUCCCGUCCCAGUCGUUGACUUCCUCUUCGGCAAUUGUUUCUUCCCCAAGCUCUUCUGCUGUUCAUUCUUCCUCCUCGCUUGCUACUGGCACUUCCUCUCCUGUCUCAAAUCCCGUUAGCUCCGGUGUUUCGUCAUCGAACGUUGGCUCUAGCACUCAGCCUAUUUCCCCAACUUCGACUCCUGUUAGUAGCACAGCUGCUUCCACUGGUGUGACUUCAUCGCCUUUGAGCUCUUCUGCUGCCAGUUCUUCGCCCGCUAGCUCGUCCCCGCUAUCAAGCCCGGCUACCAGCUCACCUUCUGGAACUCCUACUAGUGCAGUUUCUUCAUCCGCAGCAUCAUCCUCUGCGUCAUCUUCCGCUGUUUCCAGCACAGUACCCUCUAGCUCUGCUUCAAGCUCAGCUACCAGCAAGCCUAUUUCGAGCUCAACUGCCUCAUCUUCGCCAGUUGUAUCCAGUCCUUCUGUCACCACCAGCAUGUCUUCGACUGGUAUUUCUAUCUCGGCUACGGCUACUGCCACGGCGAUCACCAACGCCAAUGUUGCUGCCAACAUUCUUGUGAUUGCCCGUGACUCUGCCUCCGCUGGCGUUGCUUCUUCUGGUCUCAAUUCCUAUGGUAUUCCUUUCACCACCCUCAUUGUUCCCCAGACUGGUGUUUCUCUGCCUGCUCUAAACUCCAGCUCCGGUGGAAACUUCGGCGGUAUCGUCGUUGCUUCCGAGGUCAGCUACGACUACGGCGCUACUGGUUUCCAGAGCGCCCUGACCACCGACCAGUGGAACCAGCUGUAUGCCUACCAGCUCGCGUACAGUGUUCGUAUGGUCCAAUAUGAUGUUUACCCCGGCCCCAACUAUGGUGCCAGUGCUGUGGGAGGUGGAUGCUGUGACACCGGAGUCGAGCAGGACAUCUCUUUCACUGAUAUUAGCGAUUUCCCCACCUCUGGUCUGCGUACUGGAGCUGGCGUCAGCACUGCGGGUCUCUGGCAUUACCCGGCUACCAUCAGCAACACUACUUCCACCAAGCAAAUUGCUAAGUUUGCUGCCAACUCUGUCACCGCAAGUGACUCUGUUGCUGCUGUCAUCAACAACUUUGAUGGUCGUGAGCAGCUGGCGUACUUCAUUGGAUUUGACACCACCUGGAGUGCUACUUCCAACUAUCUGCAGCAUGCCUGGAUUACCUGGAUCACCCGUGGACUGUACGCCGGAUAUCGUCGUGUCAACCUGAACACUCAGAUCGACGACAUGUUCCUCGAGACCGAUAUUUACUACCCCAGUGGUAACACCUUCCGUAUCACCACUGAAGACAUGGAUGGUGUCCGUGACUGGAUCCCCACUAUUCUUGCGAAGAUGAACGCUGGAAGUAUCUACUUCCCCGAGGUCGGCCACAACGGCAAUGGUAACAUUGAGAAUUCUUCAAGCACAGACUCUGGAGCGAGCAAGUGUAACGAUGGUGCUAUUGAAUACGAUUCCCCUCCGGACACUGCCCUCGAGUUCCAGAAGCCCCUGGGCUCCGGUACCAACUUGUGGCCCGCAACGCCCACUGCUUAUGACUGGACCACUACCUGCAAUAAGCUGGACCCCCUUCUGAACUGGUGGACCACCACUGCCAACCUGAACAGCUUUGGAUCUAUCUCUCACACUUUCACUCACGAGGAGCAGAACAACGCCACUUACUUCGAUGUGAACAACGAGAUUAGCUUCAACCAAGCCUGGCUCAAGGCUACUGGUAUCGACCAGGGCAUCCACUUCACUGCCAACGGUAUCAUUCCUCCUGCCAUCACUGGUCUCCACAACGGAGAUGCUCUGAGAGCUUGGUGGGACAACGGUAUCACGAACUGUGUUGGUGACAACACCCGCCCUGCCCUCCUGAACACCGCGAACUCGAUGUGGCCCUACUUCACUGUGACUUCUACCGAUGGUUUCGACGGCAUGCAGGUCAACCCUCGCUGGGCUACUCGCAUCUAUUACAACUGCGAUACUCCAGCCUGCACCCUGCAGGAGUGGAUCGAUACCUCCGCCGGUAGCGGAACGUUCGAUGACCUGCUCGCAACUGAGAAGGCCGAUACCAUGCGCCAUCUGUUCGGUCUUCACCACGACGGUUACAUGUUCCACCAGGCCAAUCUCCGCAACACCGGAGUUUCUCCCAUCACCAUCAACGGUGUCUCUGGACAGUACUCUAUCUUCCAGGCUUGGGUUGAGACUCAAGUUGCUGAGUUCGUUCGCCUCGUCACCUGGCCCCUGAUCACUCUCAAGCACGCGGACAUGUCCGCCUCCUUCCUGGCCCGCUUCAACCGUGACAAGUGUGGUUACUCGCUGAAGUACACCAUCAGCAACAAGAAGAUCACUGGCGUCACCGUCUCUGCUACUGACAGCAGCUGCAGCAGCCCCAUCCCCGUGACCUUCCCCAGUGCUCCCAGCGACACCAAGGGCUUCACCGUUGAGCAGGUCGGCAGUGACCCUACCACUGUCUGGGUCCAGCUUUCCGGCUCCCCUGUCUCGUUCACUCUGAGCACCCCUAUUUCCCUGUAA